AUGAGCCUCCCCCCUAACAUCGGUUCUAGGGAGUACUACUCGAGCGAAAACCUGACGAUCAACGCUGCCAAGUACUGCUCCCGCGAGUGCCAGAAGAUAGCCUGGCCCAAUCACAGGCUCGAAUGCCGCCCGUCCCCAACCUGCCCCGACCCGCACCCAAUCUAUCAGAACCUGGGCUACCCAGCCCGCAAGACCGUCGUCGACGCCAUCCGCGACUGGUCCACCCUCCACGAGUACGCGAUCACCGUCAUCGUCAGCAUCUUCGUCCACCUCCUCGCCGCCGAGCUCGGGCGCACCGUCCACGACCUCGUCCACUCCGACGUCGCCAUGGUCAUCACCCUGAACCCCAUCGGCCGCGAGCCCCUGCGCGAGUCCCCCGCGGACCGCUUCACCUGGCAGUCCUCCCUCCUCAAGGCGAAGCCCGACGCGCUCCACGACGAGUUCGGCUUCACGCGCGCCGCGUGGGACGCCGCGGAGGCGCGCCGCGACCGGUGGGCCGCGCACCGCCCCGCGGACGCGGCGAACGUCGUCGGGCUCUUCCUCACCACGACGUCCGUCGCCGGCUCGCGCGUGUCCGUCGCGCGCGAGUACCCCGUGUUCCGCGUGCGGAAGCCGCUCGGCGCGCGCGACGCGGACGUGCUGCACGACGUGCGCGAGGUGCUGAGCGGGCUCGCGUCCACGCGGCUGGUCGCGCGGCUGCCGAAGCAGUCGCGCUCGGUGUUUCCCGACGUCGGGCACGUGGUGAAGGAGGGGAGGGAGUGGGUGUUUGCCGUGGAACCCCGGUGGAACUGGUCGAACUCGGUGCCGCACUACGUCGUGCGCUCCUUCAAGUCGAGGCUCUCUGUGCCGGUUCUGUUCAUGCGUUUUCGAGACAUCUUUGACAUGCCAUGA